UAUAAUUUUUGACUUCGAUGAUUUUAAGUACUGUUUGUUUAGCGAUCGUUAUUUCCCGGAGACGUCGAAGUUGUUUGGUUAGUUUUGCUGUAUGUAGGUAGAAAUCCCGCAUUCCAUCCACCGAUAAGAAGCACUAUUUUUUGGUGUGGAUGAAAAAAACUUUACAGAUGCUUAAUUUAAAUUAACCAUUGUGUUUACCCACCUUGUUAGAUAACUAUCCCAAGUAGAUGAUAUUUAGAGUUACACGAAUUAUUUCGCUCUCUAUCGGAUGAGUUUAACUGUGAUAUGUUGUGCUGUAAAUGCAUCAAACAUAGCUCGGCGUGGUAAAGGUUAUCUUUAAUCAGUAGCUACAAUAUAUUCUAUGAACGAAAACUUUUGCGUGCGCGUGUACUCUUCACUUGUUUAUAAGCGUUAACAGUGAAUUUGAAGCAAUGAGUUUCGAAGCUUAGGUUUUCGAACUUCGAAAUCGAUUGCGUGUGUCUGUUUGACAGCAGCUGCAUCAGCUGAUUUUGACAUCCGUUUUGCCGGUAAUGAAAACAAAGUUGUUUAUUGUAUAGCAUUGCGAAACGGAACGAUGCUUCGCUUACGAAUAUACUGUCGCACUAUGUGCACAAAAGUAGUGAAAGAAAAUGUUACCAGUCCAGAUGCUGCUCGGCUAUAUGCACCCCAUAUAGGUGCCGAUUACAGAGUGGUCCAUCGAUGGCUAUUAAACAAUCCAGCACUGCUGGAGUUGGAUCGGGAAGAGACAAUUAAGAAAUUAUCCUACCUCAAGUAUGUUCAUGUUACGCCUGAUGAAAUCUUGGAACAACCACACGUCCUGUUUAAUCAUCUCGUUACGCUGGAAAAUCGUACCACAAUCUUAAGAGAGUGCGGAUUAGUGGAGGGUCUUACGCUAAAUGCCAUUGGAAAUUAUCUGAAAUUGAUACGCAAGAGUAUAGUGCUGCUGAAGCGUAAUCACUUGAUUCCAAAAGAUUUGGAUAUGUACGAACAGUUGAAGCGCCAGUUCGAGUGUACGGUGGAACCGAACCUUCGCUGGGACGAUCGUACGCUUCUACAAGAUAUGCGCAUUGCAUUCUACAACGAAUUUCUCACCAAACGGCUCGACUUUGGUGCAACAGAAAUCGACAAAUUGUGGAAAUCGUAUUCGAAAAUCAAACAUAAAAGCUUCGGUCAUACCCAACGUGUCAUCGACAUACUUCAAUACGAUUAUAAGUUUAGCCGCGAUAAGCUAGUGGCCAACAUGUAUUUGCUUCAUGCGGAUCCGGAAAAUUUGUUGCGUUUUCCGGAAGAAGUACCUACGAUCAGUGGAAUGGAGCUGAAGGAAAUUGUGGCAAAGUAUCCGAAAAUUACGAUGGUAAACCACAAUUCGGUGAAACGGGUGAUCGGCAUUUUAAAACAGUUAGACAUCCCGGACGGAGAAGUGUUGAAAUGUUUGGCAAUAUUCACACUCUCACCGAGAACGAUAGAAUAUCGGCUGGAACGAUUAACGCACAUAAAAGAGUUUGAGGUACUGAUGAAACAUCCACGAGUGUUGCGUUUGAUACAGUACCAUACGAAGGCCGCCAUACGGUUGGAAUAUUUGCAGCAACUGAAGGUUCGCUGUGCCUCGCUAGAUGUGCUGUCGAGUAAUUCCCAAAACUUUGAGAGGUACGUCCGCGAAGGUUGUGACCGCACGAAAGGCAAAGAUACCAGCCAUGUACUGAAACACAUAUUUAAGGAACGUGGUGAAGCCGCAGUACAAACAAUCAAGCGCCAUCCCAAUUGGUUUCACGUGCCGGUGUUACAAAUGCAGGAAACGGUUGACAAGUUGCGGAAGAAAAAGUUCACUCUGGAUGAUAUUUUUAACAACAUUCACAUUCUGCUUUAUCCACUGAAUCGAAUAGAAGAAAAGCUGACGUUGCUUCAAAACGAUGAUCCAAAGCUCCAGGAAGAACUGGGCGUGGAGCUGUACAGAGCGAACAGAACACAGAUAUUAGCGCUGGCAUUGUACUUGGUAGAGCUGGAUUUCCAUUUCACUGGCGAUGGUGUAUGGCCGGAGCAGAUACAGCAGAGCGAUUCAAGCUCAACGAUUAACGUGGAACUGCCGAGCAGUUUAAGCAGCGAAUACAAGUUUGGCAAAAAGCCACCAAAUGCCACCAACAGUCCCACGUGAUGACAUCGAAAAGUGUGUAUCAAUGUCCCAAAAGUAGUCGAUUGCAAGUGGUAAUUGUGCACACUUAAUGGACAGGUAAGAGAUUAGAUAGAGAGGUAUGUAGCAUGGUAGAAAAGCUUAUUUAUAAAACAUUUACUUUAUUGGUUAGUGAAUUUUUCAAUUGUUAAAACCUUACAAACAAAGCCAUGCCAUAUUAAAUGCGCAUUUAAGAAGAAAAGUAGUCUAAAGUGAUUGAUCACCAGAAGGAAUGAUGCUCUUUGAUGUAAUAUUUGUAAAAAAAGAGUUCAACUAGCUAAACUGUUGCGUUGUAAACCUCACAAAAGCAGAAACUUAUUUUAUUGUAGGAUGAAAUGGAAAGAACGGCAAGUGAAAUGUUCUUAUACAUGUCAAAAUGCGACUAGAGUUUGGGUAAAUUAAAAAAAAUCAUGUACACUACAUAAUUAAAUUGAUUAUCCUAUUUAGAAUGCUAUUAUUUGCGGUUGCAGCAUUGCCAUUAUUCAUCAAAAUACACAGCUGGACUACUGAUUCGGAUGCGCAACUGUUGGUGAAUAAUAUGCUGAUGGUAGGAGAUAGUAAUCCGAUUUAAAGAUGCUAUACUCGGCACUUCCUGCUUCCAUUUCCGCUAAUCCUCUGCUCGGUCCGAUCCAUCAAACAAUGAAAUUUAUCAAACAACAAUCCACCACGGCAAUGUAGUAGGGUUUGUUGUACAAAUUUCUGUGAACAGACGUUUGUGAAAUGCAUUUAUGCAGCUUGCCUCACCAAGCCGGACAAAUGCUUAGGCAUAUUGUGCAAGCUUUUACACAAAUAGACUAUGUCGGAGUACUUUGAUUUUAUUAAUUUCCUAUCGCGAUUGUUAUUCAUCCAACAAACAUGCCUUCCUCCCUUGUACAUACGGAUACGGAUUUCGCAAUGCGUCAACAUUCGUCGAAUCAGGAUAACAAGAGUCGAGACAUCUCAUGCUAACAGCUAGGACUCGGUUCACACGUUCCCACCUGUGUUUGUGUGUGAAAACGGUUUUCCAUUACGGGUAGGUAUUGUUCCGUUUUUCCACCUGUUUUCCCACCUACCAUCCGAACCUGGUGGUCGCAAAAACCAGGAGGUAAGGUUUGUGAUAAAACAAAACCACAGUCAUAUGCGGGGGUACGGCGUGUCGAACGGCGUUCGGGAAAAGAUAAAAGAAACACUUUGACGCUAAAGGCGUGAACGUGCACCACGUGGCUUUACAGGUGACAAUUUAAAUGAGAGCAAGCACUGUUGUGUUUCAUUUCCAUGCUGUAUGCAAUGCGGAAUUGUGGGUUGAGUUGCUUUUUUUGUGCAUUUCAAGAGGUAAAGGGAAAAUAAAAUAUCGCAAUACGCGUGCCGUUCAGCUUCUUUUAUGCGUGUGUUUGCAGCGUGCAAUGGAUCAGCC